AUGGCCUCGAAGCCUGAGAAGAGGGUCGCCUCGUCUGUCUUCAUCACACUGGCACCCCCGCGUCGGGAUGAGGCUGUGGCCGAGGAAGUGAGGCGGGCAGCUUGCGAGGCCCGGCCUGGCCGCUCCCGGGAGCCCCCUGCUCCCACCAAGGCACCCGGGGCUGGCUCGGCAGGGAGGCCCAGCCUUUGGACUCCACCUGCCAAGGCCGCAGCCCCAGGGCCAGCUGUACCAUCUCAGCUCUCCAAUGGAGACGUCUGUGCCUUCUGCCACAAGACCGUGUCCCCCCGAGAGCUGGCCGUGGAAGCCAUGAAGAGGCAAUACCACGCCCGGUGCUUUACGUGCCGCACCUGUCGCCGCCAGUUGGCCGGGCAGAGCUUCUACCAGAAGGACGGGCGGCCCCUCUGUGAAUCCUGCUACCAGGACACUCUGGAGAAGUGUGGCAAGUGUGGCGAGGUGGUCCGGGAACACAUCAUCAGGGCCCUGGGCCAGGCCUUCCACCCCACCUGCUUCACCUGUGUAACCUGUGCCCGGUGCAUUGGCGACGAGAGCUUUGCCCUGGACAACCAGAAUGAAGUGUACUGCCUGGACGACUUCUAUAGGAAAUUCGCCCCUGUGUGCAGCAUCUGUGAGAACCCCAUCAUCCCUCGAGACGGGAAGGAUGCCUUCAAAAUCGAGUGCAUGGGGAGGAACUUCCAUGAAAAUUGCUACAGGUGCGAGGACUGCAGGACCCUCCUGUCUGUGGAGCCCACAGACCAAGGCUGCUACCCGCUGAACAACCGUCUCUUCUGCAAGCCAUGCCACGUGGAGCGGAGUGCUGCAGGGUGCUGCUGA